CAGCAGCCGAGGCGAUGGGCGUGGCCGGGCGGUGUUUGCCACGUGAUGGCGGCGGCCGCAGCAAGCAGCGCCAAGCGGAGCCUGCGGGCCGAGCUGAAGCAGCGUUUGCGGGGCUUAAGCGCGGAGGAACGGCUGCGCCAGUCUCACCUCCUCACGCAGAAGGUGAUUGCCCACAGUCAGUAUCAAAAUUCCAAAAGAAUUUCCAUCUUUUUGAGCAUGCAAGAUGAAAUUGAGACGGAAGAGAUCAUCAAAGACAUUUUCAAACAAGGCAAAAUCUGCUUCAUCCCUCGGUACCGGUUCCAGAGCAAUCACAUGGACAUGGUGAGAUUAGCAUCACCUGAAGAAAUCUCUUUACUUCCCAAAACAUCCUGGAAUAUUCAUCAGCCCAGUGAGGGAGAUGUUCGGGAGGAGGCCUUAGCCACUGGUGGACUUGAUCUCAUCUUCUUGCCAGGCCUUGGGUUUGACAAAGAUGGCAACCGGCUAGGGCGUGGCAAGGGCUACUAUGACACCUACUUGAAGCGCUGUGUGCAGCAUCAGGAAGUGAAGCCCUACACCUUGGCUUUGGCUUUCAGAGAGCAGAUCUGUCCCCAGGUCCCAGUGGAUGAGCAUGACAUGAAGGUAGAUGAAGUCCUUUAUGAAGACUCCCCGGCAUCUUAAGUCAUAUGACGACAGCCACAUUCACUGUUUUGUGAAGAAACUAUGUGCAUUUUCCCCUUGUCAAAAAUGAGUCAAAAUGGCACAUUAAAGUAAAUAAGGAUUGUG